CGUGCGUACGUGUGAGUGAGCGUGUGUGUGUGCGUGUGUGAGUGUGUGCACGCGCGUGUGGAACCCGGGUACCGGGCGCGGGUGCCCCGCUGCCUUCCACACCCUGCCUGCUCCGCCGCUCCUUCCUCGCCCCUCUCCCUCACCGCGGGCUGCCAUCGUGAGAGAAGGCCGCGGGACACAGGUGUGCUAGGCUUGCGGGACCGCUGGAGACAAAGGGGGCGCGGAGGUGAGCCCGCCAUGGCCUCCCGGAGCCUGGGGGGCCUGAGCGGGAGCCGCGGCGGCGGCAAGAAGAACCUGAGCGCCCGCAACGCUGCGGUGGAGCGGAGGAACCUCAUCACCGUGUGCAGAUUUUCUGUGAAGACCCUGAUUGAUCGGUCUUGCUUUGAAACAAUUGAUGAUUCUUCUCCUGAAUUUAAUAACUUUGCAGCUGUUCUGGAACAAAUUCUAAGUCACCGGCUAAAAGGUCAAGUAACCUGGUUUGGCUAUGAAAGCCCUCGUAGCUUCUGGGAUUACAUCAGAGUGGCUUGCCGGAAAGUUUCACAAAACUGUAUCUGUAGUAUUGAAAAUAUGGAAAAUGUCAGUUCCUCCAGAGCUAAGGGUAGAGCCUGGAUCAGAGUAGCACUCAUGGAAAAACAUUUGUCUGAAUACAUCUCUACAGCUUUGAGAGACUUCAAAACAACAAGGAGGUUUUAUGAAGACGGAGCCAUUGUCUUGGGUGAAGAAGCAAAUAUGCUUGCUGGCAUGCUGCUUGGACUCAAUGCUAUUGACUUCAGCUUCUGCCUAAAGGGAGAAGGAUUGGAUGGCACCUUCCCUGCUGUAAUAGACUAUACACCAUAUUUGAAGUUUGAGCAAAGUUCUGACAGCAUCAGCAGUGACGAGGAGGAGCUCAGGACGUUUGGGAGCAGUGACAGUGAGGGCAGCACCCCGGAGAACGUGGGGCCCCCUCUCAUCAUGGAUGAGAACAGCUGGUUCAACAAGUGCAAGAGAGUAAGGCAGAAAUACCAGCUUACCCUGGAGCAGAAGGGCUAUCUUGAAGAACUCUUACGGCUUCGUGAGAACCAACUUUCUGAAUCCGUCUCUCAGAAUAAAAUACUACUUCAGAGGAUCGAAGAUUCUGAUCUGGCCCACAAAUUGGAGAAAGAACAGUUAGAAUAUAUCAUUGUGGAGCUUCAAGACCAGCUUAAAAGUUAUCAAAGCCUUGACCAGUUAUCAGCAGAAGUUAGCCUUUCUCAGGCCUCAUUGGAUCCCAGCCACUCACAAGAAGGAGACGGAAAGCAAGACUCAUUGAAUUUCAUCGGUGAAGGUAAAGAAGAUACUCCCUCACUUCUUGGUCUUUGUGGGUCCCUAACAUCAGUGGCAAGUUACAAGUCCCUAACAAGCCUAAAAUCCAAUGACUGCCUUGCAAGCCCCACCACGGAGAUAACAAGCCCAGGCCUGACUCCAUCCUGAAAGACUAUGUGAAAACCCAAAGUUUCUGUAUUGUAAAUAUUCUGUUUACAUACGUUUGGAUGCUGGGGAGAUCUUUGAAAUUUUAUAUUCUGGUACAUGCGUGACAUUUUGUUGUUUGGAGAUUUCAGUCCAGCCCAUGUAAAGUACUGAGGGAAAAGCAUAGUAGUCCCCUAUUUUUCUUUUUAAAAUAUUACAUUUGUCACUGAGGAUGUUUAAAGUUGAAUAGGCUUUAAAAAUCUUACAAAAAUUGUUUGAAUUCAUUAUAAAUUGUACAUAGUUGUUAUUCAACUGAUUUUUUAUAUUUGUUUAAAUUUGUCUUGGUGUCUAGAGACCAGGUUUUAUUCCAGAGACUUAAGCUUAGCAGUUUCUUUCACUCCUUUAUUUGGUGGUUAAAUUUGCACAAAAGGCAACUAGCUAAUUCCAUUAAGAACUUCCUGCAUUCUGAUGUCUGUAACGCGUGUUAAGGGCAAGUCCCAGCUGCAACCAACAGCUCUGUAAGCUUUCCUUUAUCAUUUGGUACCAACUUUUAGCAUCUCAUAAAUUUUGUAGAAAUGUGCCUUUUUAGGCGGUUCCUGACUUAAUUUGUAAGGUAUAGAGGAAAAGCAUUUUAUGUAGAAGAAAAUGAAUGCAUUUCUUAGACUUAUUUUCCCAGGUGUGCCUAAGAUAUUGGAAACAUUUCAAAAUACAGAACAAAUGUUGGCAAGGUGUUACUAACAUCAGGAGUUUUCAUUUUAAUUAGUGAUUUGAGAACUUUAAAAGAAAAACUCCUGAGUGACCAGGAUAUCUGACUGGAUCUGUGUCUGCGCUACAGUGCUGUUUUCUGUGUGUGCAACAUUGAGUUACAUACUGGUGUUUCACAGCCAUUACCACUAUGCUGUGAGUUCUCAUUGUUCAACCUGAUCUUAGUGUUUAAAAUUCUACACUUCUGCAGAAAAACAGAUUUUCUUUAAAAAUCUGUGUUUCAAAUUUUUUACAGUUUUGAAACAGCUACACAUGUCUCUAAAAAUUCCACCAUAUUGAAAAUGAACAUGUAUGAAGUGUAUAUUCUAUAGUAUAGUGAGGCAUAGGAGGAAAACAUGUGUGCCAAAGACGUUUCCUAUGCUGCUUCAUGAAGGAGCCACAGUGCUCACUCUUGUCUGUUGAUUUUUAUGUUUAAACCUAGCAGCUGUGGCAUGUAGGAAGUACAUCCCUCACUCCUAAAAAGCUUCCUGGGGAGAGCUAAACUCACACGUUCACUCCUUGUGUCCAAAGUGUAGGGGUGGGAGGUUCUCGGCAAUGGUUGGAGCUUAGUCUCAUGGUGUGGAAUUAGUCGAUAGUAACAUGACCAGUGUCACAUGUGAGGCAGUGCAGUCACUGAUCUCUCGGGUAAAGGAGUCCUGGAAGGUCGACAUAGACAUUGCAUUGGACGGCUGAGAACAUACUGACAGCUUUCCUUCUGUAGCUGAUGUAUUAGAGCAGAGCACCUCCAUCUGCUCUGAACUAUGUACACUGGCCAAAGCCACUUGGAAGUAGUGUCAGGAAUAGCAAAUGAAGACAGCAAGCCUGCAGGAGGCUGCAUGGGGACUUGGACGGUCGUGAGAGCAUUGGGAAUUUAGGCUGGUCAUGGGCACGCCUCUACUUUCCUAAGAACUAUCAAAGUGUUUACUGCUCUUAUCACCAUGGCCAGCUCUCACCUGUCAUUUAUGAUUUUUUCAGAUGUAAAACCUUGGUAAGAUUUUUUCAUACAUUUUUAUAAAGUAGAAGGGAAUACAAGAUUGCCCAGUUGGUACACUUUUUCAGAUCUGUCCAAUAGAAACACUAGUUUGUGACAUAUUCCUGCUGCAACUGCAGACUGAGACCUGACACCUGAGGGUCAUACUUUCCCUCCAUUCUUGGAGUUCUUGAUGGAAAGUUCACCUGCUACUGUAGAGCCCAAGUUUCUACAGUUCAUCUCCAGCUAGAUGCACUUCGUAAUGCUUGCAUGAGUGAACAGCGUCUCAGUCUUUAAUUUUCAGUGGUACUGUUUAUUUUUCAGAACCCCACAAAGAAUGCUGGCUUAUGUCUAUCUUUCCAUCUGUAUUUUGUUGCCUUGAUGUACUACAUUUGUUGCAUGUAUAUUAAAGAUUUUUUUUAACCAUA